CUUCUCGCUCAAAAAUUGGAAACUUCAUAGUCGUCUCCACCAAGCAACUACCUUAUUAAAUAACCGAGCAAAUUCUCACCCAUCAGCACCCAAACCCACACCCCUCGCACACACGCGUUUAUAGUUUCCGAUCUCUUCCUCCCAACGCCAUUUUCCAUUUUUACCACUCUGGAUACGAGGAGAUGCACGCUGGUGAGCUAUUAUCCUUCUCUCCUUCUUCUUCUUCUUCUGCAACUACAACCUUAAAUCAGGAAGAUUCUGCCGCCACAAAGAUGAACAUGGGCGUCUCUGCUAAUUCCAGCCAGGCGGAGCAGAUGGAAAGGGACCUUGAAUCCUUGGCUUUCGACGACAAAUUACGGGUGGAGGAUGGUGAAGAAGAAGAAGAUGAUGACGAUGAUGGAGACUUUUCGUUUGUGUGCGCCAAUCCUGAUGGUUCCUCCCCAAUUACCGCCGACGAUGCCUUCUAUAACGGCCAGAUCCGCCCCGUGUACCCACUGUUCAAUCGAGACCUCCUCCUUGUGGACGAGAAGGAUUCUGAAUCGCUUCGCCCGCCCUUGAGGAAGGUGUUCAUGGAAAAGCGCGAUACUCUGGCUCCCAAAUCGGAGUUGGAGUUGGAGUUGGAGGUGGAGGGCGUUGUUGAGGGCACCUACUGUGAGUGGUCUCCUUCGGCGGCAGGGCUCGGCGAGAAGAGCAACUCCACGGGCUUCUCCAAGCUCUGGAGAUUCCGGGAAUUUAUGAAGAUGCACCGAAGCAGCAGCGAUGGCAAAGACGCAUACGUUUUCUUGAGCAAACCCUCUAGUUCCAGUUCCCCCAAGUCCCCCGACAACAAGCCCCACAAGCUUCAACCUCAAACACCAUCCUCUGCUUCCGCUCCAAAAGUCAACCGCCUCAAACCCCAGACAGCAGCCUCUGCCCACGAGACACACUACGUCAGAAGCAGAGCCCAGAACCAAGCCCACAAGCGCAAGUCCUAUCUCCCCUACCGCCAAGAUUUGGUUGGCUUCUUCACCACCGUCAAUGGAUUCAGUAAAAAUGUUCAUCCUUUUUAAAUCAACAUUCAUUUUCCAUGUAAAUAUUUCUACCCCAACCCAUAAUUUUGGCAUUAGCAAUACAAUGCGAUGCGAGAGAAUUAAUUCAUCUUGAAUUU